GUAUUGUAAAAACACCCAAUAUUUUAUUAUAUAAAGCACUCUCUCUCCGGUAGUUACAUUUUUCCAUCUCUCUGUUUCUUCUCCAACCUAUAGAAUUAUCGUCCGUACACUUUUCUUCUUUUAAACCAACUAUUUUCUCGGCGUAGAUUUUUUCAUUUUCCCGGGAAAAUGAUUCUUCAACAACCUCAUCUACUCCAAAACCCUUGGCUACUUCUACACACUCCUCGCUCUCGCUCUCACUCUCAAGUACUACUUUCUUCAUCAUUCUCAAACUUCAACAGUAAUUCAAUUCUCUCUCUACCUACUCGCUUCGGCAACACCACUAGUACCUCUCCUCUUAGUCUUCCGAGUUUGAGAUUAACCGGUCGCCGUUUUCGUUUACUUCCCGAUUGCAAUGCCGCCGGAGCCGGCAGAGAAAUUUCCGACGGAGAAGAAAGUUUUGGUGAUGAAGAUGGUGGAGGAGUGUUGGCGGUGGAAAAUGCGGAGAUUACGGGAGAAGGAUUGUUGGGUAAUCAAGGUAUGUGGGAUCAGAUGAAGGAGAUUGCGAUGUUUACAGGACCUGCUGCUGGGCUUUGGAUCUGUGGUCCUCUUAUGAGUCUCAUUGAUACUGCCGUUAUUGGACAGAGAAGCUCUCUUGAGCUUGCUGCUUUAGGUCCUGCAACAGUUCUAUGUGAUAAUUUGAGUUAUUUGUUCAUGUUUCUCUCCAUUGCAACUUCUAACAUGGUUGCCACUGCACUAGCCAAACGGGAUAAAAAAGAAGUGCAACAUCACAUAUCUGUCUUGCUCUUUGUUGGAUUGACUUGUGGCUUCAUGAUGCUUUUGUUUACAAGAUUUUUUGGCUCAUGGGCUCUGACUGCCUUUACUGGGGCAAAAAAUAUCCACCUUGUCCCUGCAGCAAACACCUAUGUUCAGAUUCGAGGCUUGGCAUGGCCGGCAGUUCUUAUUGGUUGGGUUGCUCAAAGUGCAAGUCUUGGCAUGAAAGAUUCUUGGGGACCUUUAAAGGCUUUGGCUGCAGCAAGUGUUAUAAAUGGGGUUGGUGAUAUAAUCCUCUGCAUUGUUUUUGACUAUGGUAUUGCUGGUGCAGCAUGGGCAACAAUGGCAUCUCAGGUUGUUGCAGCAUAUAUGAUGAUUGAAAGUCUUAACAAGAAAGGGUACAAUGCAUAUUCAAUUUCCAUUCCCUCUCCGAAAGAUAUUCUGACAAUAACUGAGCUUGCUGCUCCAGUCUUCAUAACAUUGAUGGCCAAGAUAGCUUUCUAUACUCUCCUAGUGUAUUUUGCUACAUCCAUGGGAACAAUCACGACAGCUGCUCAUCAGGUCAUGAUCCAAAAUUGCUUUAUGUGCACUGUUUGGGGUGAACCUCUAUCUCAAACUGCACAAUCAUUUAUGCCUGAGUUGAUUCAUGGAGUGAAACGUAAUUUGGAAAAGGCUAGAACGCUCCUCAAGUCGCUAGUCGUUAUGGGAGGUGUUUUUGGAGUAGUUUUAGGAACUUUUGGAACUUGUAUUCCUUGGUUGUUUCCCAAUAUCUAUACACCUGAUCAGAUUAUCAUAAAAGAGAUGCAUACUGUUUUGAUACCAUAUUUUUUGAUCGUACUUGCAACACCCCCAACUCACAGCCUCGAGGGAACGUUACUGGCCGGUCGAGAUCUAAAAUUUAUCAGUAUGACAAUGAGCGGCUGCUUUAUCGUGGGAGCAAUUUUACUAAAGCUUGUAAGUGUCAAAGGAUUUGGUUUAGCAGGCAUUUGGUUUGUACUAGCUGGUUUUCAAUGGGCUCGAUUAUUUAUCGCGCUUCAACGUCUUCUAUCCUCGGAUGGCAUACUAUACUCGAAAGAGAAAGAAUCAUCUGUAAUAGUUUAGGUCUAAAUUAUGAAGCUGUUUCUUGCAAGUUGUAAUGUUGUUUAUAAUUAUAUGCCUAGCUAGGCCAAAAAUAAGAUGGGUGUCAUAUAU